UAUGUACUAUGUGCUGGGGGGGGGGAAUUGACGGAUGGCGACUGAGUGCUUAGGGUUUCAAGAGAGGGCGACUCCAGUGGGAGAGUCCUCGUCGGUCCUCCCCCGCCGGCGAUCGCCGGAGAAGGGUCUGCCUAGAGGAUACACCCACGCGGAUAUCCUCACGGUAGCUGCCCGUGGUCCAGUUAGUUCUGGCGCAAAAAUUUCGGGUGAAUUUGCACACGAAUUCCGGCCCGAGAGACCUAGCAAUGGCGGUGGGAGCCCGAUGGCUACAGUGCAGCCCAGAGUCGCGAGAGGCCCAGCGAGUUCCACGAUGAUGAAUUGCGGAAAAAAAGUGGGUGAGAUUAAUUUGGAGGAUAUUUUCCCCAAAUUUCGCCCCACUGAGCCGCAAAAGUGGAUCUGGAUCAAGCGAGGUGAGGUUCGCCCUCUUCUAGGGUUCCCGGCGAGAGACGACGAGAUCCGGCGUUUUGGCGACGGAGCUCGUCGGAUUUGGAAGGUGCCCGAGAAGAGGUGUGAUCACCGCACCUUCGCCCAGGUUGUGAUGGAGCGUCGUCCUCCCAAUCGCCUGGAUUGGCAAGCCAACAAGCGACGAGCGACAGAGCAAGGCGGCGGCGAUUGGGGUGCACGAGGCGGAGGUGACUGGGGGGCGUGCGGAGCUCGCGAGGAGGAGGAACUGCAUCGGCAACUCCUUGCUCAAAACCCUAGGGCGAAUCAAGGUGCUCAAUGGAAACCUCAAGGGCUCCCUGGUACCGAUGGAGAGAGGGGGGCAAGAGCUCCUAAGAUCAAGUGCUUCAAGUGUGGUCGUGAGGGCCAUCACCAGGCGGCGCGCCCUAACCCUUCCCUCUGCUACUCGUGCCAUAGCUCAGUGGAAGAAGCUUUGUCGUCCUGGGGAGGCAACUAAACUGGAAACACUAGCGGAGGAGAUGAAGCGGAUGGUGGCGACUCUUAGACCUUCCAGGACGGGUGUGGGCUGAUACUAGAAGUCCCUGGGAAGCUGCUGUUUUCUGUUUGGUUUCCGAAGAGUUGGUUUUUGGGGUUGCUUGUCUCCUGUAGCUUACUUAGAGUUUCUUGUUGUUUAUCUGCCCAGUCUCUUGGAUGUUUUAAUUGUGAACUUUGUUUCCCUGUUUCUGCCUCCCUGCGUGGAGGAUACAAAAAUGUUUGCUGGCAACCCCAGCAGGAAGAUGCCGUAUUUGGCUUUCUUUAAAAAGCCGGGCCCUGGGCCUUUUGUCUAAAAAAAACUAUGUACUAUGUGAUCGAUGUGCAAGGCAGCAAAUUAUUGUGUUGUGUGGCUGUUAUUUUUGUUUCA